CGGUCACACUGCGCUACACUCAAACGAAGCGUGGCGUCGCUUGGCGCUGGAAUUUUGAAGCUAACGUGAAUUUGUGAAGAAAAACAGAACAUAAACAACAUUCGGCGGUCAAUUGCGUGGGAAAUAAUUUAUUAGAAUGAAAGCAGUAUCACGAACUCCGAUGCGCGUCCUCAAGACACCGCGAGUGCAUCAAACGACAGAGAAGCACCGUCGGGAGACGUCCGAAAAGGCAAAAGAUCCGGUGAAUGUGUUCUGCCGAGUCCGCCCGCUCCAAUCGGAUGGGGACCUCACUUCUCUGCGGGUGAAGAGCUCCACAACAAUCGCACUAAAUCCGCAUGAUCAGCUGCUGCAGCACCACAAACAGAACGGCGCCCAGCGCGAGAUACAGUACAUAUUCAAGCACGUCUUUCAAUCGGAUGCUACGCAGCAGGAUGUGUUCGCGUCCGUGGCCCAGCCACUGGUCGAGAACCUGGUGCGUGGCCGGAACAGUUUGCUAUUCACCUACGGCGUCACGGGCAGCGGCAAGACGUACACAAUGACGGGCAACCUGAGACAUCGCGGCAUAAUGCCCCGAUGCCUAGAUGUGCUCUUUCGCACCAUAUCCGAUUUUCAGGCCAAGAAGUUUGUCUUCAAGCCGGACAAGUUGAAUGGCUUCGAGAUUCUGUCCGAGGAGGAUGCGCUGCUAGAACGGCAACAUGAGAUGAAUCAACGCUUUGCCGGUUCCGGUCGCUUCGCGUACCGAAACAAGGACUCGGAUCCGGAGAUCGCCUCCCAAGCGUCGGUGGAGCCAAUGCCUCUGCUGGGCCUCGACGAGGACAAUAUGUAUUCGGUGUUUGUCACCUACGUAGAAAUUUACAACAACAGUGUGUAUGAUCUUCUAGAGGACUCGGGCAUACAGAAGACUUUGCAAAGCAAAAUCAUUCGCGAGGAUGCCGAUCAUCACAUGUUCGUCCAUGGCGUCACCGAGGUGGAAGUUAAAACGGUGGAGGAUGCCCUCGAGGUCUUUCAAAUGGGACAAAAGAAAAAGCGCAUGGGUCACACGGUCUUGAAUGCCGAGUCCAGCCGCAGCCACUCGGUGUUUAACAUUCGCCUCGUCCAGGCCCCCACCGACAACCAGGGCGAGAAUGUUGUCCAGGACAGGCAAAAAAUCACAGUGAGCCAGCUGUCCCUGGUAGAUCUGGCCGGCAGUGAGCGCUCCUCGCGCACCAAGAACACUGGGGUGCGACUUCGCGAGGCUGGGAACAUCAACAACUCGCUGAUGACGCUCCGGACAUGCCUCGAGUAUCUGCGCGAGAAUCAGCAGGCGGCCAUCAAUGGCUUUGCCCAUAAGAAGAUACCAUAUCGCGACUCCAAGAUCACGCACAUGUUUAAGAAUUACUUUGACGGCGAGGGGCAGGUGUCCAUGAUUGUAUGCAUCAAUCCUAGAAUGGAGGACUAUGAUGAGAAUAUGCAAGUUAUGAAGUUUGCCGAGAUGACUCAGGAAGUGCAAAUAGCUCGGGCAACGCCCAUUAAAACGGACUUGGGCCUAACGCCAGGCCGCCGGAAGGCCAACAAGCUGUUCAAGAUAGCUGUCAAAAAUCUGAACGAGCUGGGCAUGUCCGAGGCCAAGGACCUGAAGGUGGAUGUGGGCUUGGUCUACAGUCUGGGACCCGACUUUCCCUUCUGCCAAGUGGACAGCCCUGAGGCGGAGGUUAAGAUCCAGGAGCUCAUGCAUUACCUGGAGCAGCGGAUUGAGAAGCGGAAGAGGCUGCGCGCCAAUUUGGAUAUUAAAUGCGACAAUUUUCGCCAGAUGCUAAUGAACUUGGACCGCGACAACUUGCAGCUGAGCACGGAGCUUGCUUCCCUCAAGGCCGUCUACAAGCAGGAGCGCGAGCGCAGCUUCGCCUUGGAGAAGAAGGUGCGCAUUCACGAGAGCUCCAUCGACGUGCUGAACAAUACGCUGACCAAGCGCGACAGGCAGAUCGAGGAGCUGACAUUCAAGCUGAAUGAGAAGGAGAAUCUCCUGACCCAAACGGAGCACGAGAAGGAGAAGCAGAAGAAAAAGUUCAGCUCCAAAAUGGCCGUGGAGUCGGAUAAGAACAAGCGGGAGCUCGAGAUAAAGCUCCGUCAGCAACGGGAGAAACUGCAUGAACGGAUGCGCAUCAAGGACGAGAAACUUCGCCUGGUUUCGAAUAUCAUACGAUCCGAGGAUCUGCCGAGCAUGCCGCGCUCGCAGAGUUCGGAAGAUUUACUCAACGAGAAGGAUCGCGGACCAUUCACAGCUCGAACGGAGUCAUCUGUGCCGGCCACGCGAACAGACAUCUAUGCCACGCCCCGACAUGGCGUGGCAGCUGCCAACAAUCGCCAUCGACGGUCGCGUUCAGCUGGCGACAAAUGGCUGGAGCAUCGUGCAGCCAAUCCCGUGCCACUCGGCACUAUUAUGCAGCCCUUUCUGAAGAAUCGCAAGUCGGUUACCAAGCUGACGGACAUGAAGACGCUGACCGAACACGGCGCCAACAAAUACUGUCUCGUCUCCCAGGAGGCCGACACGGACGGGGAUGUGGAGACGAAACUGUACAAGGGCAAUGUUAUACCCACAUGUGGCGGCGGCGCCCAGGUGGUGUUCAACGAUAUCGAGUGUCUCAAGCAGAAGUCGCCCGUGCAUUCGCCAACGCGAAAGCGUCCCAGCAAUGGCACGAUGUCGGCUCUGGGCGUUGCCAGCGCCCUGCCCAGCACGGUCACCUCCAUCACCGUCCAGGAUGUGGCCUCGCGUUGCAACCUCGGCAUCGAGGGGCACAGCAACAAGAAGACAAAGAUCUAGAGCUCGUCCUGUAAUUCUUUAACAUGCAUUUCCAUUUCCAUUUAGUUUUACUUUUUUUUUCUAGUUAACGUAACUACUACAAUUAUUGAUUACUAGCCUUUAAAGUUGAAAAGUUAAAAUUAACUGCAAUUAAAGCCAAGUAAAUAAUCUGUAUAAAUAUUCGCACAUCGAUGAAUUCUAAACCUCGCAACUGAACUUAUUGCUGUGGGAGCACACACCAGUGGAAGGAGUGCGAAGAGUGCGUCCAUUCAUAGGUUUAUAAUAAAUAGUUGUACUGCAAAGUA